AUGAUCCAAAUGCUGUGGCCCCAGAAUGGCCCUGCGUUGAGCAACAGUAGUCUCUCUAGGAGCAAAAGCUCUGUCUGCAGGCACAGCAGUAGCAGGGAUUGCCAGAAAUGUACGGGCAAGUCUGGCCACGGCAGGGAAGCGAUGCUCCUUAGAGCGCCACCAGUGCAGAGGUGACAGGCUGCGUUUGCACAGUGGCUCUGCGAUGUAGUUCUCCAGCUGUUGGUGUAUCUCAGGCAUUCGCUCAGUGGGAUCCUCUCCUAGCAGUAUGUCGUACAUGCUUUUGGGCACAGGGCUCACUUGCCUAUAAACAGGGGGCUGCAGGUCUUCUUUUAACAGGCUAGACAGUCCUGCUACUCUCCUAGGACCAUUUCCAGCACUGCAGUGCGAGCCUUCACCCAGUCCCUCUCCACUGACGUGUGACGGGGCAGUCUGGGACAGCCCCUUUAACUGUUGCUGCAGCACAAUAAUGUCCCCCUCUUCAUUUGAUUCACAGGACACAGGUGAAUCCAGAGGAGCGAUGGUUGACUGUGAGUUAUCCAAUCCCUUAUUCCUCACUUCCUUUUCCCUUUCCUCUUCGCAAUCCGCAUCAUUACCUCCUUUGUCACGCUGUCUGCUCAUUUCCUCCACCUCUGUUUGUGCUUGAGCAGAUAAUAGCUCCUUGACCUUGUCGUGCAGCUUACUACGUGCAUGUGGGCUGAGGAAGCGCAGCUCCUUAAACCUCGGAUCCAGGAAUGAGGAGAGGACGGCAGGGCUGUCCAGUAAGGCCUCGUCUUCACCCAGUCUCCACUGUCGCUCCAUCCCUGACCGCACUGUCUCCAUGACUCCUCGAGCCACAGGGCAGCUGGUCUCUGCGAUAUGUUGCUCUAGGACACGAGAUACGCCAUGCAGGCACGGCAUAAGGGCGGAGAUGGACAAAUUGAUGUCCUCACUCAAAAAGGAGGCAGCGAUGCGCACGGUCUUAAGCACUGGCACCAGCUCCUGGAGGAGGCGCCACUGGUGGUCUGCUAAAUUUGGAGCAGCUUUCUGCUCCUCUAGAACUGAGCUCACUACCCACUUCAGCUCUAGCAGACUCUCACACAUGUCGAUAGCAGUUGCCCAGCGCCCUGGGUCAUCCAGCACCAGACAAGCACCUGCCUUAUUCGCAGCCUCUGCCUUGUGGAUAAGGGCAGCGGCAGCAGGUGCGUCAUGCUGGAAAUGUGAGAUAAUCCUGCGGGCCUCAGCAAGAGCCUGUCUGACAGGUUCCAUCCAUAGUCCUUCCUGGAUGCAGAGUUUGAGGGCUUCCCCUGCACAGUGUAAUGCUACCCAGCCCUCUGGGAGAUCCUGAAGUGAUUGGCCUGGUACAGCAAUACGAUUUUCUUUUUCUUUCGGAAGUCCCAUAUUCUCAGUCUCUCUGGCCUCUGAGAUCCUGGGAGUAUCAUGCACAACACAGAAAACAGAGCUCUGGGGAAGAUGGAAUUCAGAGAUAACUGCCUUCAGGGUGUCCCCAAAUUGAAUGAGCCCUCUUUCACAAGUAUCCUCUCUGAUAUUGGGCAUGGGACAGGUCUGAAGCACACAACGGGCCAAGCGCCAGUCUUUGUCAACAAAAUGUGCACUUACAGUGACGAAGAGCCGGCCGCCUGCUCCCACCGCACAACCUGCUACUGACUGCCAGUAUUCAGUGCAAAGUGUUAUGCAACGUGGAGCAAGGCCAGACUGAAGAUACUGCUGCAGGUGCCGUUUCAGAACAUCAUAGUGAUGCCAAAGAAGGCUGCCAAGCUGAGAGGGAGAGGGCACUGGGUACUGUGGUUCUAAGCAGCUCAACAGAAGACGAAAUCCCCUCUCCUCCACCACAGACAGUGGCUGCAAGUCCCUGUACACCAUUUCCAAUAUUAGGUCAGUCAGGACCCCUGGUACGCUUGUCAUUGGAUUCUUUGACAUCAGUGCCACUACG